AUGUCGACUAAGCACUUCAUCAACGACCCGGCACAUCUGGUUGAGUCAGCACUCCGGGCAGUGACAUUGACCAACCCCGGAAUUGGCCUGGAUGCCGCCAACAAAAUUCUCUACAUACGGCCAGGACUCAUACCUCAACAGCUGAAGGUGCACCUGAUCUCAGGAGGUGGAUCCGGACAUGAGCCGUCCUUUGCCGGUAUGGUUGGCCCUGGGCUACUGAGUGCUGCGGUAGCGGGUACCAUAUUUGCUAGCCCAAGUGCACAGCAGAUUCGCACUGCCAUCGUAGGACGAGUGCCUCACCAGUCUAAAUCGGACCCCGAAAGCGGUGUUCUCGUUAUCGUUAUGAACUACACCGGCGACGUGCUCAAUUUCGGUGUCGCCAUCGAAGCAGCAAGGGCUGAAGGAACUAAUGUCCAGAUGGUCGUUGUGGGAGACGAUGUUGCUGUCGGUCGUUCUCACGCCGGCAAAGUGGGACGCCGCGGUAUUGCUGGAACUGUCCUUGUACAUAAGUUGAGCGGCGCCCUCGCUUCAAUGGGUUAUGGCUUGACUCAAGUUGCUGCUUUAGCCCAGCUCGUCGCUGAUAACUUGGUCACAAUCGGUGCUAGCUUGGAGCGAGUGCAUGUUCCUGGGGUUCGAGAAUCGUCCACGGAAUAUACAUCGAGGCUGGCACCUGAUGAGGCUGAAAUUGGCAUGGGGAUUCACAAUGAACAGGGAUGGUGUCGUGCCAGCAAUACCGCGUUUUCGGAUCUCAUCGAUACCAUGCUGCAGUACCUUCUAGCCCAAGACGACCCAGAGAGGUCAUUUGUGGAUUUUAAAACCAAUCCCGAAAACGUUGUUCUUUUGGUGAAUAACCUUGGAGGAUUGAGUCCCUUGGAACUAGGAGGAAUUGUGUCUGAAGCUGCAUUGCAGCUUAAACAGACACACGGCAUACGCGUAUUACGAGUUCUCAGUGGCACCUACAUGACGAGCCUUGAUGCCCACGGUUUCAGCAUAACUCUUCUCCGUCUAGUCAAUACCGGUAUCAACGGUCUCAGCCUUCUCGACUUGUUAGACUAUCCCUGCGAAGCUCUUGGCUGGCCAUCAUCUGUCCCCAAGGCGACCUGGGAGGCAAAAGACUUAGGUAUACAAGAACAUAAGGUGGUGAGCAAGGUUGAGAAAGAGCUUAGCGGGCUCAAAUCGGAUGCCCAGACUACGGAGAUGGCCCUAGUAGCCGCCUUGAAGUCAGUUAUAGCCUCAGAACCGGAUAUAACGCGCUUUGACAUGAUUGUUGGUGACGGCGACUGCGGUACAACACUAAGAAGAGGUGCACAAGCUGUUCUUCAUCAUGUUUCUUCUCACCAUCUCACAGGAGAUAUUGUUGUCGAUUUAGCCGCUAUUGUUCCCGUUGUUGAGAACUCUAUGGAUGGCACAUCCGGUGCCCUUUACGCUAUAUUUCUCAAUUCACUUGUAAGAUCAUUGAGAUCCCUCGCACCAGGAGAACUCUCAUCGACAUCCUGGGCCAUCGCUCUGGGCAAGAGUCGAGAUGCUUUGGCCAAGUACACACCUGCUCGGCCUGGAGACAGAACCCUUGUGGAUGCACUAUAUCCUUUCAUUGAAAUUCUUGAAAAGACUGGGGACUUAGAAAAAGCUGCAACUGCGUCAAUGGAGGCAGCAGAGGCGACUCAAGGCUUACAAGCUAAGUUGGGAAGGACGGUAUAUCUUGGCGAUUCUGGCUUUGAGCAAGUACCAGACCCUGGAGCUUGGGGUCUUGCCCGAUUCUUCGUCGGUUUGGCUGGUUACGAAAUAUAA